CGGUCCGUUAUAACUGCAGCGGUCGCUUACAACCGGAGCUGAUCGAGGAGUGACUGGGGGGGAAGAGUGUCGUCGGUAACCGGACACCCACCUCUGGCUCGCGGCGGGGGGGUGUAGAGACACGGGGGCGACGUAGUAUCGAGGCGGCGAAGCCCGCAGCUGUGCGCGGAGAUGCUGAACAUGUGGAAAGUCAGAGAGCUGGUGGACAAAGCCACCAAUGUGGUGAUGAACUACUCAGAAAUCGAGUCCAAGGUGAGAGAGGCCACCAAUGAUGACCCCUGGGGACCCUCUGGACAACUAAUGGGAGAAAUAGCCAAAUCUACCUUCAUGUAUGAGCAGUUCCCAGAGGUGAUGAACAUGCUGUGGACCAGGAUGCUGAAGGACAACAAAAAGAACUGGAGACGAGUCUACAAGGCCUUACUGCUGCUGGCCUACCUGAUCAGGAAUGGCUCUGAAAGGGUCGUCACCAGUGCCAGAGAACACAUCUACGACCUGAGAUCUCUAGAAAACUACCACUUCAUUGAUGAGAAUGGUAAAGAUCAGGGUAUUAAUGUGCGUCAAAAGGUGAAGGAGAUGGUGGAGUUCAUCCAGGAUGAUGACAGAUUAAGAGAAGAGAGGAAGAAGGCCAAGAAGAACAAGGAUAAAUACAUUGGCGUCUCCUCUGACAGUAUGGGCGGAGGAGGGGGCAGCUUUAAGAACUCUAAUGAGUUGGAUCGGAAUAAGUGGGAUGAAGACUGGGAUAAAAGCAGAGGAUCUUUCCCUUUUAGUGAGAAGCUCGGAGAGAUCAGUGAUAAGAUUGGCAGCACCAUUGAUGACACUCUGAACAAGUUCAGGAAGAAGGAACGAGAUGACUCGCCUGACAGAAUUAGUGACAAUGAGGAGGACCGAGCAUCAAGAAACGGUAGGCAGGAAACACUCGAGUUCAAGGAUGAGGAGGAAACCGUCACAACAAAGAGCAUUCAGAUCACACAAGCAACUGAAACCACCACCACCACCACACGGAAGCGCACCGUGGCAGCAACCAACAAGACCCUGGACCUGGGUGCUGCAGCCAACUAUACUGGAGACAAGAGCCCAGAGGAGAAGCCAUCAAGCAGGCAGUCUUCCAGCAGUGGCCUGGCUGACCUGCUUGUGAUCGACCCUUUGUCCAAUCAGAGCACUACAACAGGUGGCAGUUCAGACCUCAUUGGUGGUUUUGCAGACUUCUCAUCUCCUGCAGCUUCUGCCAGCCUCCCAACCUCCGCCGCUGCUGCAUCAUCCAAUGGAAAUGGAGAAUUUGGGGACUGGAAUGCCUUCUCUGCCAGUCCUCCAGCAUCAUCUAGUUCUGGUCCCUCCCAACCUGUCGCUGACUUGUUUGGCAGCGUUCAGUCACCCACAGCCCCGACCUCCAGUACCACCUCUAUUCCACCUUCUGCUGAGCUUUUGGACCUGAUGAGCGGAGUUAACAAUCAAAUAACCAGUCCACAUACAACACUUAGUGCCUCUCAGAGCCUCACGUUCUCUCUGGGAGUGGUGACACCCGGCGCUUCUGGUGGUUUAAACACCAUGCCCCUCUCUCGUUCUCAACAGAGUUUGGGAGCCAUGUCAUCUCAGCCACCCAUAGGACAACAGCAGAAGGUUGGUGUUGGAGGUCAGGGAACAUUAGGGUCAACCUGGUCUGACCCCUCUGUCAACAUCAGCUUGGACUUCCUUUCAGCAGGCUUCAACCCCACUAAGACACCACCCACACUCAACAAUAUCAUCCAGCAACAAGGCGUGCCUCCCGUCAACCUGUUGGCCCAGAACUUCGGAGGACUGAACCUCAGCUCUCCGCCCCAUGCGGCAUCAAUAAGACCACCAGCUAAUCCCAUGAUGGUAGGCAACCCCAUGACAAUGGGCAUGCCUGCAACAAUGACAACUGGCAUGCCUGGCUCCCUGGCCACAGGUAUGCCAGCUUCAAUGACCACAGGUUUACAGGGUGGGAUUCCUGUAAACCAAAGCAUGAUGGGAAUGAACAUGAACAUGAAUAUGGGCAUGUCUGCUCCAGUGAUGAUGGGCAGUAUGGCUGGAAUGGGAGUUCCAGCAGUAGGGAUGGGCCUACCACACUCCAUCACCCCAGCUGUGGUCCCACCCAAACAAGAUGCCUUUGCUAACUUUGGCAGUUUUGGGAAAUAAAGGUUUGUUUUUGUGUGCGUAUGUGUGUGUUCGAGUGAGAGAGAGUUGUGUGCGGGUGUACAUGUCUGACUUGAUGAGGGAGUGAAUUAUGAAAGGACUGCUGUACUCGAAGACAACCUUGCAUGAGUCUCUUUUUCUGCUUCUGCUUCCUUUGGUGAAGUAAUCAUUCGUCAUCCCAGUCUGCUGAUACAGGGGGAGGCAGGGGAAAGCACCCACUGGUGCUCCUCAUCCAGUGGUAAUUAGAUGUAUGAGAUUCUCAGAAAUGGAGAGAAGGUGUCAUCACAAAGCCUCUAGUCAUUACCUCCUUGUAGGGGGUAAAAUCUUCGUCUUUAACGGUUUCAUAUACAGUAUUAUUCACGGUGUAUCUCUCUUCAGUACAGAAACACUGCAAAAUCUUUCCAUCUGUAUCUGCUCAGAGAAAUUAAUCACUACAGUGGACUCCAAUAAAAAUGGCAUUACUGCCUUAACGUUUUAUA